AUGAACUCAACUUGGUUGUUCGACUAUGAUUGUCACAUUAACAAUCUACCAACAGAGGUCGAGGCCAUCGAUGAUCCUUUGAAGAGGUUGAUCGAAUCACUAAAGAAAUUUAAAGAGCUCAAGACAGAGUGCAAUGAUAAGAUCAACCAAUUGUCAACAUGUCAUUCACUCGUUGGUAACGUCAUCACCAAAGACAUCAAUCACUCAAUCAAACCAUUCAACAACGUCAAGUUGGUAUUAGCAGGCCCAACACAUUCUGGAAAGUCAACAUUGAUCAACACAUUACUUGGGUGUCAGCUAAUGCCAUCAGGUGGCGGACAUACCUCUGGCAGGAUAUGUGUAUUGGCUCACUCGACAACGAUACGCGUUAGGUUCUUCAAGGUCAUACCUCAACAAGGGGUGGAGCCUAGCAAGCUAAAGUGUAUAGACAGUGAGACGAUAACAUUGGAUACGAGGAGACAGCUACAAGAAUGCAUGACCAAACACCUCGUACGACCCAAGAAGAAAGGCGACGCUGAUGAUUCCAAUGCAGACAACGACAAUGAUAUAGACCCAUUGGCAUUCCCAGAGUGGGCCAGCAAGAUUGUGAUGGUCGAGUUCCCAUCAGCAUUGCUCGAGACUGGUCUCGAGAUCAUCGAUGUGCCAGGCUUCAGCGUCUCGGACGACGCAUCAUUGUUCAGUAUCCGCAAGCAGUUCUUCAGUGCCUACUAUCCCACUGGCGUCAUGUUUUGUUAUCCCAACACCAUCUCUGAUGCUGAAGUCCAGGCAGUGUCCGACUUGUUGAACUCGCUGCCCAACAACGACUGGAGCAACAACAAGUCGUGCAAGCCUGGCUCCAACAUUGAUGAUGAGUUCAUCUUCUUUGCCAACACCAAGACGUCCAAGAAGGAGGUGGCCGUCAACAAUUUUAUCGAACUAGACGAGGAGGUGCCACUCGAGUUGAUCGACAGCCACUCAACAGAUUGCUUCUCGAAGCUCAAGUCAUCCAGUCUGAGCGCAUCAAUGGAUAUUGUUGACAGACGAUUCGCCAUUGUCAAUGCGCUGGACUUUGUAAGCAAGCCAAAGUCGAUGGAGAACAGACACAUAUUCAAACAGUUUGUCAAUCGAUUGAUCAAGUGGAUGGCCCGCCUGACACAGCGCCAUUGCGAUCUCGUGCUGAGGAUGGUCGAGCUCGAGUCGCACUCAAUGUCGAUCAAGGUCAGGUCCAUUCAGAGCUACGUUGGCGACAAGCUCGACGACAUGGCCAACCUUCAUAAGGAGGCCGACACCCUGCUCGAGUACUACGUCAUGCACAUCGUGGCCGUCGCCAUCAAGAUCUUUGAGAAGCUGGUCCAGGACAUCAGGACUGCCCUCUUCUCUGACGAGGCGGGGCUGGAGAUUGAUCAAUAUCAAGCCAACAUCUACAAAGCAGCACAGAGGGACAAGGCCUUUCAGCUGGGCCUGGCCACGCGACUCUUCUUUGAUGGCCGCAUUAAGAAUGUGAUCAAUGAGUUCGAGGCUAGAUUUGUCAAAGAGAUUGGAUUGAACAAGUUCCUGACGCACGAGCAUGGUGACGACGAGGACAUCAUCGUGAUGCAGUUCAAGCUUACGUUUGACGACUUUGAGACCAACUUCUCGUCGCCAUUCGCCAGGCUCCUGUCCUCGACCAUCGCCGGCGAUAUUAGAUCAAAGAUGUUUGAAGGGUUCCUGCGACACUUCACGGCCAAGGCACAAAGGAACAAGGACUUCAAGUCACUGGUAGCGAUCUAUCCAGACACAGUCGAUUACGUCUCGCUACAAGAGGACGUUGGCUAUGAGAUCAGAAAACAGGUGGCCGUGUUCAGGGCCUUGCUAUCGAGUCGACUGGGCCGCCUGGUGCGCCACGUCAAGUUGGCCAGCAUGUCGCCACAGAAUGUCGAUCUCUCCAAAGCCAAGUACCAAGCACUCUACAUCGAAACUUUGGAGCUGAACUGUCGUCUGCACUUCCCCUUUGAGAUGGACAGCCUAAAGGUGAGCGCGGUGCCAGCCAACGUCGUGGCGCAGAGUGAUUGUGGUACAGUGUACAGUGGGACGUUCAGGAAUCAGACUUACAUGGUCCAGGUCGCGCCGCCCAAGUAUGUCAUCCAACACAACUCCAACAAGGUGGCCAUGUACGCGAGGCUGGGCAAGAGCACUACGAAUGACACAACAAUGUUGCCAAUGCACGCUAUCUUCAAACGACCAAUCUCAUCGGCGCCCAACAAUGACGGCGCCAACAACAAUGAUCAAGUGGAAUGGCUAUUGUUGUACAAACAGUGUCGCCCGCUUAUACCAUACCUCAAGGAGAACAUAUCAAAGAUGACGCUAGCCCAGUCGCUGUCAAUGAUCACGCGAGUGGCCAUGGCUGUUCAACACCUGCAUACUGGCGUGUACCUGUUCCGUGGGAUCGUGCAUGAGAACGUCAAACUGGAGUUCAUGUACACCGACAUGGACACCAAGGAUGUAUACCUAUCGAUGUUUGGCGAUGUGAAGGAGGGACAGGUCACCUGUGAAGAUCCAAGCUUACUGUCGCAGAUAUCCGACCUGUCCUUACUGGGCGUGGCGAUCGUCGAGUUGUUGCCCAAACCAAUGCUACGUAGAUACACAAUCGAAGAGAUAUUGUCUGAUCCCAAACGAAUGAUUGAAAGCAGCAAUAGUAUACCAGCAAAGUAUCGCGAUACAUUCAUAGAGUUGGUAGAGCUAUGCUUCAUGGAUGAUGCGACCAUCAAGCAUGUUGUAUCAAAGUUGGUUGAGCUCAACAACUACCUAUUCCCAUCAACAUAG